AUGGGAAAGCCAUGGUAUGUGCCAGCAUAGGAUAGUAGUUAGAAGAGGAAAGAAGGAGAAAGAGAGUCACUUUUAUAUGUGUAGACAGCCUCACUCUCUACAUUUAGUAGAAAACAGCAAAACACCUGUUGGAUAUUAUUGGUUUUUUUUACUUUACCUAAGGAACAAUAUUGAAGACAACUCAUACUUUCUUUGGUUUUGAUCAGAAUGGUGAUCGGAAAAGCUGACGCUCGGAAAAGAGGCUUCAGCUUUAAGCAGGCCAUGUAAAAUAAGUUGCUGUAUGAAGCUCAUACACAGAGAUGGAGCUAAAGGUGUGGGUGGAUGGAGUGCAGCGCGUCGUCUGCGGCCUGUCCGAAGAAACGUCCUGCCAGGAUGUGGUCAUCGCUCUUGCUCAGGCAAUAGGGCAAACAGGUCGUUAUGUCCUUGUCCAGAAGCUGAGGGACAAAGAACGCCAGCUUGUUGCUAAUGAGCGUCCACUAGAAGCCCUGGCCAAGCUGGGCCAGUUAAGCAGUGAAGUACAGUUUAUCCUGCGGCGCACUGGACCCACCAGCAGCGAGGGCUCUGACCUGGACCGAGUGCCUUCCUUGCCAAAACUUCUGGAACCAGAGCUUCCGAAGAGUAAAGUACCCAAGAAGGCUCACAGCUUCAACCUGGGGCCAUCUACCUCUUCACAAGCUUUUGUUAAGCAACCCGAAAAUGUUCCAAAGGACUCUCCAGAGCUACGAGUGCCCUAUGGUCCUCCUGGAUCAUCUCAUGCCCAAUCUGGCCCAUCCAAAGAAGAGGUCUUCCGGCAGAUUCUUCAGCAGCAAAGCAGACUGCAGGAUCUCCAGGCCCACUUGGAAGCUCUGGACAAGCAGGUCUGGGUUUUGGAGCAACCUUCACCUCCAAGCUUUUCCCCAGACCUUAUAGAGGAGAUAAACUAUCUUGAAGACAAAUUUAGACAAAACGAGGCAGAACUGGCUCAUGGGGAGUACUGGGAGUCUGAGUAUCACUUUGAGGUUCAAAAAGAACAAACCAUACUCAAACAAUUAAGAGAGUUCAAUAUAGCUCUAGAUGACCACAAUCGGAGGAUUCAUGAAACAGAAACCCAGACCGGGAGACUUGAGCAUGACGUCCAGCUACAAGAGAACAGGAAAAAUGGCAUGCAUCACACACAAGCUAACGUGGAGCAUUCUCUGGGACAGAUCAGGGAACAGCUAGACAUGGUGCAGCAUCAGGAAUAUGAACUGAACUCUUCAGUUCAGGAGACAGAAAAGGAUCUCAAGAUGGCAGAGGAACUGCUGCAGGCGAAAAGCAGAGAGCUGGAUGAACUAAAUAAGGAACUACGGCAGUGUAAUCUCCAGCAGUUCAUCCAGCAGGCAGGAGGUCCUGCACCUCAGCUCAGUGUCCCAGCUGAUGACCCAGAACUUGCUUACCUUAUGCCUGAUGGGCAGAGCGAUGAAGAUUCAAAUCACUCAGUGUUAGAGUUUAACCCUCGCACAACUGCCAAGCAGAUCCUGGGAAACCCUCGCAGUCUGCAAAACCCACUGGUGUCCAGCCUCCAUCCAGAGGUCCUGCAAUCGAGAGAGGUGUCAUGGAGAUAAAGAUGGGAUUACAAGCCUGAG